GUUUUGACUGGUUUUGACUAAAUAUUUAAUAAAUAAAUAAAAGCAGCUGAUGAUGAUAAUAAUACUCACUGUAUCUGUCAAGUUUUCAAUCAUCAAUGUUUACGGAUAAAACAAUAACAAAUAUUCAUAUGUCAAUAAAAAAACAAAAAAAAUGUUUUUGUUAUCACAACAACCGACAUUUUCAAAUGAUCCAGAGACAAAAGACUUUGAUUUAUCAGCUGGUGAUCGUUGGAUAUAUCCAGAAAAUUAUCCAAUUCGUAAUUAUCAAUAUUCAAUUGUUGAAACAGCAUUAUUUCAUAAUACAUUAAUAUGUUUACCAACUGGUUUGGGAAAAACAUUUAUUGCUGCAGUUGUUAUGUAUAAUUUUUGGCGAUGGUAUCCACAUGGUAUUAUAAUAUUUUUAGCACCAACAAAACCACUUGUUACCCAACAAAUUGAUGCUUGUCACAAUAUAAUGGGUAUACCAAUAUCAGAUACAAUUGAACUAACUGGUAAAAUAAAUCCUCAACAACGUGAAUUAAUAUGGCGUAAAAAACGUGUUAUAUUUGCAACACCACAAACAUUUCAAAAAGAUUUAGAAACUAAAAUUGUACCAAGUAAAUUAAUAAAAUGUGUUGUCAUUGAUGAAGCACACAAAGCAACUGGUAAACAUUCUUAUAGUGAAAGUAUCAAAGAGCUAAAUAAAACAAAUCCUUAUUUUCGUAUUAUUGGUUUAUCAGCAACACCUGGAUCAAAACUUGAAGCUGUACAACAAGUUAUACAAAAUUUAAAAAUAACACAUUUAGAAUUACGUGAUGAUACAUCAUCAGAUAUUAAACCAUAUAUUAAUGAACGUAAAACAGAUAUAAUACUUGUUGGUCUUGGUAAUGAUUUAAUUAAUUUUAAAGAAAAAUAUAUACAAAUAAUGGAUAGACAUGUUAAAGUAUUAUUAAAUAAUAAUGUUAUACGUAGUGCAGCAUCAAAUAUAUCAAAAGGACAAAUGUUUUUAUUAAUGCAACAAUGUCAAGCAAAUAAAAAUAAAUAUCGUAAUUAUGGUACAGUUAUGAAAGCAUUAACAAUACUAACAACAAUGGCACAUGCAUAUGAAGUUAUAACACGUCAUGGUUUACGUUCAUUUUAUAAUUUUUAUAAAUCACAUAUGAAUGAUAGUAAAAAAUCAUGGCUAAGAGAAGAAAUUCAAUUGAGUGAAUUAAUUGAUGAAAUUGGUGAAUAUAUUGGUCCAUUUCCAAAUGUUGGUGCUUUGAUUGAUGGUACUGAAACUGAAAUACCAGAUAAUAUUAUAUUUGGUCAUGGUAAAUUUGAUAAAUUAAAAGAAUUAUUAUUAAUACAUUUUACAAAUGCAAAUAAUAAUAAAAUAAAUACAAGAGCUAUGGUUUUUGUUGAAACACGUGAUAUUGCUAAUGAAAUAUAUGUAUUAUUAUUAUCAAUGAGACCAAUAGUACGUCCACAAAUAUUUGUUGGACAAGCUGGAUUAAAACAAAAAGCACAAUCAAAAGCUGUUGAUGAUUUUCGUAAUGAUAUUGUUAAUGUAUUGGUAUCAACAUCAGUUGGUGAAGAGGGCUUGGAUUUUGGUGAAGUUGAUUUAAUAAUAUGCUUUGAAAUAUCACAAGUUAAUCCAACAAGAUUAGUACAAAGAAUGGGAAGAACUGGAAGAAAAAGAGAUGGACAUAUUAUUGUAUUGGUUACUGAUGGAAAAGAACAUCAAACAUUAAAAGCAUCAAUCAAUAAAAGAGAUGGUUUAAAUCAAAAAGUUUUAACAUCAAAUGUUGUUAUUUCAUCACUUUUACCAAGUAGUCCAAGAAUGGUACCUGAUAAUAUUCAUCCAAAGUGUCUUAAAAUGAAUAUAACAAUUAUUCCAAAAUUACCAGCAUCAAAAAUAACAAAAACCAAAAAAACUAAAGCUGUAAAUACAAAAAAAGGUAUUGAAACAACAAAACGUUGUGAAUAUGGUACAAUGAAAAAAUUUUUAACAACAAAUACUUAUAAUUUAAAUGAUAAUGAUGAUGAUGAUAGUACUAUUGUACCAAUGAAAAAAAUUGAAUCAAAAAAUGAAAUAACAAAAAAUCAGUUUAUCAAAAAUAAUGGUGGUAUUAUAAAACCUUGUCAUGUUAAACUUUUAACAUCAGAUACACAUGGUAAUGAUUUUUUAACACUAUGUGCCAUUAAAAAUUCAGAAAAUGAAUUAAAAAAUAAUGUCAUUCAUGAAAUAUCUUAUUUACCAAAAUUAAAAUCAUUCAAUGAUGAUGAUGAUUUAUUUAAUGACAACUUUGAGUUGUCAAAUGAUGAAAUUAUUAAAUGUCUGGCAACACUUGGAGAAUGUAUUAAAAAUGAAGAUAUAACAAUGACACCAGCUGCAUUGGAUAUUGAUGUUAAUACAAAUAUACAGACAAGAAAAUCCAGUGAAAGUCAUGAUGAAAUUAUGUUGUCAAAUGAAUUUAAAAUUGAUGAUUUAUUUAAUGACAGUGAUUCUGAUACAACUUAUUAUGAGUCUGGUGGUGGAUCACCACCAAAAGAGUGUGUUGAUUGGUCGGCCAAUAAUUCAAAUGAUAAUGCAGUUAAAAAUUUCGAUGAAAAUAUUUCGAUUGAUUCGAUAAAUUAUUCACCAACUGAGCCAGAAGUUGAGGCAGGAUUUCAAAAUAUUUUAGAUGAUUCAACAGAUGAUGAAGAGGUUCAAGAAACACCUGAUUAUCUUCGACAGUUUGAUAAAAUGGCACUUGAUACAAAUUCAAAAAAAUCAAUAAAUAAUAAUGAUUCUAAAAAUAUUUCUAAGCAGCCAAGUCCAGCAUUAAGUUUUGAAGAUUAUCAUGCUAAAGAUGACGAGGAUGUUGAUAUUGAAAUUGAAAAAGGUUUUCUUAGUAUAUUGGAUCAAUCAUCGAGUGACAGUUUAGAUGAUUUCAAUGAAAAUAAAAAUAAUUCAAGCAAUAAAAAACAAAAUGAUAUUGAAUCCAAGAUGGUCCACUUGGAUGAUAAUAAAAUUAUCAAUUCACACAAUAGUUCAAUAAAUAAUAUCAACAAUCUGGCUAUCAGUGAAACAGAAUUAAUGGAUACAGAUAUUUUUUUUAAUGAUGAUGACGAUGAAAUUGUUGAAUCUUCACCAUCGAAAAUAUCAAAAAGCCAAUUGUUAAAAGAUAAAACAUUUAAAAAUGAUGAAAAAUCAAAUAUUUUAGAUGGAAAUUUAGCUGAUAUUGAUACUUUGGUAUUGAAUACUGAUUCAAUGAGUUACAACGAUAAACAUUUUGUAGCUAAACCACCUCUGAAUAUUUUUAAAAGUCAAACUUUAAAUAACAAAAGAAAUUUUAGUGAUCUUGAUACUUUGGUAAUAAACAAUAAUGAUGAUGACGAUGAUGAUGAUGAUGAGGUUGUUGAAAAAACACCACCAAAACCAAAACAAAAAAGUUUAUCACAACGAAUAAAUUAUUCUCGUCGAAUAACAAAUCAAUCAUCAUUUAGCAAAUCACAAUCAAAUACAUCUGUUAAUUUGCAACAAAAUAGUUCUAAUUUUCCAUCAUUUGAUUUUAGUGGAUUUAAAAUAAAUAAAAAAAAACCUAGUAUAGAAAGAAAACAGUAUAUCGCUGUAGCUGAUACUGUUGUUUUGGAGACAGCUGAACUUGUUACUCAAAAUAUUCCAUCAAAUAAUCAACGUAAUGAUGAAAAUAAUUUUGUAGAUAACAAUUCACAAGAAACAAAAUUUUAUACUCCACCUGAAACACUUCCUGAUACUGUCAAAGUCGUGAAUGAUAAUGAUGAUGAUGAUGAUUUUGAUAUUUCAUCUUCCAAUUGUCAUGGUGGUAUUUUAGAUAAUAAAAUAAAUUCAGCUGAUAGUUUUGAGGCUGAUGAUAUUGCUGAUACAGCAGUUAUUGAUACGAGCCAUGUUAACCCAGUGAAUAAUAAAUCAACAAAGUCUAUUGACCCAGUGCAAAUGUUAGAUGAUGAAGAGACAUAUUUUCCUCCAUGGGAAUAUGAUUCUGGGCAAGAAUUAAAAAGUCAAAAAAAUAAAACUGAUGAAUCAAAUAAAAAAGAAAAUAUUGCUGAAGCUGAUACUGUACUAAUUGAUACAAUGGUCAUUACAACUCAAUGUCAAACUCAAAAUGAUCGUAAAGAAAAUAAAUCAACGAGUAUAAUAAAUGGUCCAAGUCAAGAUGUUGUGAAUAAAAAAAAUAUUGAUACACUACCUGAUACAGUAUUAAUACCAGAAGAUGAAGAAAUUAAUUUUUCAACUUGGGAAACUAGUACACCUGAAAAAUCAAAAAAUUCAAAUACAUUUUCAUUUAAUCAUCAAAAAGAAAUAGAAAAAAAUUCAAGGGUAAUUAGUCGUCAAGCUAGUUUUGGACAAAUUGAAAUGAUUGAUGGAUUAUUUGAUUCAGACUUUGAAAUUGAUGAUAAUAAAAUUAUCAAUGAACCAGAAAAACAACAAGAAAAAUUAGCAUCACCAAAAAAAUAUGAAUUUAAUCCUGAUGAUUAUGAUUGGGGUAGUGAUUUUGAUACAUCAUUGGAUCCACUAAUUGAAUCUAAACAUUUUAAAACAACAAAGCUAACAAAUGAAUCAUCAAAUGCAAAAAAAAAUACAUCAAGUUUUGAUAAUAGAUUUGCUUGUUUAUCAAAAACUAAAAAACCAAUUGAUUUAAAUUCAUAUAGUUAUAAAGAAAACAAACCAUCAAUUAAUAAAUUACAAACAAUUAAUAAAAAACCAUCAUCAAAAGGUCAAGUAAUAUUUGAUGAUAAUUCAGAUGAUGAUUUUGCACCAAGUAAAAUUCAAAAACGUGUAUUUAGCAAUAAUCAAAGUAAUUUUAUAAAUAUACGUAAUAAUAAAUCACCAAUUCCUGGUACAUCAAAAAAUAUUAACAUUAAUGAUGAUGAUGAUGACGAUGAUUCAAAGAAAAUAGUAAAAAAUAAUAAAGAAAUAAAAAGAAAAAAAUUAACAAAAAAAAAAAAUAAAAUAAGAUCAAAUUUUAUUGAUGAUGAGGCAGAAGUAUCUACUGGACCAGAAGAUGUUAGCUCAGGAGAUGAAGAAGAAGAAGAUGAAAAUGGAGAUUUAGAUGGUUUUGUUAGUUAUUCGCAACAAGUUGAUGAUGGAACAGACAUGAGAGCACAUUAUUUACAAAGUAUCAAAAGUCCAAAAGGUGCUCGUGGUCGUUUUAUAAUUAGACAACCAAAAUCACCAGCUCCUGAUGUACAAAUUUAUUCUCAAGCUAUUCAAGAACCUGAUAAUUAUCAAUACGAUUCAUUUUGUGUUCGUGAAAGUGACAUUGAAUAUUCAGAUGGAUCUAUUGAAAAUUACAAUAAAAUAUCAAGAAAAAAAAAACGUAAACGUGAUGAAUCAAGUGGUCCUCAAUCGAAACGAAAAAGAAUUGUUUCUGUUGUUUCGGAUAAUUCAAGUGAUGAUGAAAUUGAAAAAAUGCGAUUUGCCAUUGUUGAAGAAUCAAAAAGACUUAAUCAUUCAUAGAAAUUUAAAAUAUUACACAAAUUAUUUAGAAUCUACUAAUAUAAUUAUUAAAAUUAUUUGUUUAAAAUUAACGUGAGGAAAAAAAAAAAAAAAAACCAAAUGCCAAAGUUGAUGGCUGGUUUCAUCAAGUGAUAAUUGUCAUAUGUUUUUUUUCGUUAUUGUCUACGUUAUGAACUUGUCAAUUGUUUUUCUUUUUUCAUA